AUGGCUCAACAUUUCCACAUCGCUCAGAUUACCGCCCAUAAACCAAAGGAGUCCAGUAGUCCUUCGACCAUCCUGCAACUCGCUCAUCGGCUUCUCCCUUCACCUGCCGCUAUCAAAGAGUUGGAGGAUGGUCUAAACCCGGAAGGACCUGAACAUGCAGUUCAGGACGUUGUGAGUCAAGAGAAACGAGGAACAUCUGCACAAGAUGGAACACCCGCCCCGAAGAAAGUGAUCGUAGUCGGUGCCGGCAUCGCCGGUCUUCGUGCUGCCUCUGUCUUGCGAACCCAUGGUGUCCAAGUCGUGGUCCUCGAAGCCCGUCCUGAUCGGAUCGGCGGACGCAUUUACACGAGUAGGAAGGCUGGGCACGCUCCAAGAGACAUUGGUGCCGCUUGGAUGCACGAAACCGCCAACAACAAACUCGUCCGCCUCAUUGGUCAGCUCAGUAUUGAGCAUUAUUAUGAUGACGGCACCCCCCUCUACUAUACUAGAGACGGUCGUCUCGGCUCCCAGUUCAAGGCUAAAAAGGUCGCCGACGAAUUCGCCGACUUCUGUGCCUGGUACUACGAGGAAAACCCCGACGCCGAAGACAAACCUGCCCUGACCUUCAUCAGGGAAUGGCUAAGCGAUCAUCCCCUAGUCAGCGAGGAUGAACGCCUCUGGGCGCCUCAAGCUGCUCGUGAGGUGGAAGCUUGGAUCGGUACUAGCCUCGAACAAGCGUCUUCUAAACAUCUUGCCUACUUUGCAACCGAAAGGAAUCUUUACAUGAAAGGAGGUUACGACACCAUUAUCGAUUGGACAGCUUCUAAUCUCCGUGAUCCGGGAAUCAUUCGACUCGGACACCAGGUCACGAAGAUUGAUUGGAAUGAUGACGACACACAGAGUCCCUGCGUGCUCCAUGCCACCACUCCUGAUGGCGGUCUCACUCCUUUUGCCGCCGAUGCUGUCGUGUGCACCCUUCCACUUGGCGUUCUGAAACAUGAACUUGUGGAUUUCAACCCAGCGUUACCAAAGCAACUGUCACUUGGAAUUGAAAAACUCGGCUACGGAGCACUCGGCAAGAUAUUUGUCGAGUUCGAAUCGGUGUUUUGGCCCAAAGACAACGACCAAUUCAUCUACUACCCUGAGCCAACGACCGACGCUUUCGACGAGGAUUCCAUCUUCUCCUACAUGACUGUUACGAGCAAUAACUGGAUCAUGAGCGGUACUAAAGAGCUGUCCGUCCAGAUUGUUGAGCCUCUCACUCAGCGAAUCGAAGCCAUGACUUCAGAGACUGAAAUCUAUGCCUUUUUCGAACCACUCUUCAAGCUUUUCCGCACCGAGCCUUACAAAAAACUGCCUCCCGUUGUGAAUCUGGAAACGACACACUGGACUCAGGAUCCUUUUGCUGGCUUCGGUACAUAUACUGCCGACAAAACCGGAGAUGACCCGGAAAUUUGGUUCAAUGCAGUAGAGAACAACAAGGAAAGCAAGCUGCAGUUUGCCGGCGAGCACUGCACGCGGACUGGAAAUGGAUGUGUGCAUGGUGCAUUUGCCACUGGUGAAACUGCUGCCGUCAACAUUCUGACGUCGCUGGGAAUCCCAUACAAUGGUGGGGAUCUUUACAGCAGACGUCCAUCGAGGAGGAAGUCACCAUCCGGACACUGA